CCCCUGCCUAGCCCCGCCCCUUCGUAACCGCCCCCCCCGCUCCACGGCGGGGCCCGUGACCUUGCAGCGGUGGCGAAACCUAGAUGCGGGCUGGAACUGUUCACUUGGUCACUUGCAAGGUCGGAACUGGCAACCAGCGACGACAACAACAACAACCAAACAACAGUGGCUGGCUGCUGCCAUCCCGGCUGGAGAUGUAACCGCGACCGUUAACGAUAAACAACCCAGCCAUGUGUUGAUAGGCGCGGUGUGGUCGCGAGUGGCCAUGUGGGCUGCCCUGUCCAGGACGCGUGGCCUGCUUCACGCCACGUCCGCCGGCGGGCCGCGCUUCGAUUGCCGGGCGCGGCACCUCGCCGCUCGCUUGGGCGGCUGCGAGGCCGCUACGGGCGUGGGGAGUGCGCGCGGACGCGGGGAAAACGACCGGCGAGGUGGAGGAGGAGGUGGAGGAGGAGGGGGAAGCGGUGAAGAAGUUCGACCCCCGCCUCGAGGCGUUGGGAUCAAGCCGCAGGCCGCACGCCGCCUUGGUCGCUCCGAGCCCCGGGGUGAGGGACGGCUCAGAGCGGCCCCUCACCCCAAGGCCUACCCCGCCAGGGGUUAUCGUCGACGACCCGAGGCCCCGGCAGGCCCACGCGCUCAACCAGCGGCUGCAGCGCAGGGUCACGCGGCCCUCGGCUGGCACCCCGAACCCCGCCUGGGCUGGUCUCGUACAGCCACAUCGUCUCACGAGCGGGAGGUCAACGCCGCCCGCUUAGAACCGCCGCGGUUUCAGGCUGGGUCGACCAUCCCCUGGUCAACUCUCCCCGGGUCAACUCUACCCUGGUCAACUCUCCCCGAGUCAACUCUACCCUGGUCAACCCUCCCCUGGUCAACUCUCCCUGGGUCAACCCUCCCCGGGUCAACCCUCCCCUGGUCGACCCUCUCCGCGGAGGCCUGCUCGACCAGCCGUCUCGGCGCCCCGCAGCGGGACCUUGCCCACAGCCCAUCGCCCAUGGACCCGGACCCCCGGGGCCUGACCCCGCCGCGCCCCGACCUCCACCGCGGCCACCCGGCUUGCCAGGCGGCCCCCCCGCGGCCGACGGCGCCCCGAGGCGGCCCUCGGGCCCGCGCGAGCCCCUGGCCGGGUGACGGCGGCCGCCGGCUCGUCGCCUCGUCUGCCGGGAGGCGCGAGGAAGACAAAGACGGCGGUGGCGAGGAGACGUGGGGGGCCGCGCUGAGGGCCGCCGUCGACGCGGGGCCCCGGGCGGGCCCCGCGUCGGCGGCUCGCGGGGACGGAGAGGGUCCCGGGGCGGAGGAGGCCGCGACGGAGCUGGCCCGAUGCUACGCGGCGCUGGGGCCCGCAGGCCGCCGGGCGCUGCUGAGGGCCCUGGCCCGGGACCCGCACGGUGUGGAUCACGAAGCGGCGGCCACGCUGGCGGCCAGGGUGGCGCACAUGCAGGGAGAGGGGACGCGGGACCCGGCCACGCUGCUGCAGGCCGAGGAGAGGCUGCGGCAGGCCCUCGCGCCGCGGUACAAGCACCUCCUGGUGCGCCUCAGCCGCCUGGAGGGAGGCGUCAAGCUGCUGGUGGACAUGCGCGCCGACGCGCUCGCCGCCAUCGCGGCCCGCGACGCGGCCGACGGGCCCCACCUCAAGGAGCUGGCCAUGGUGCUGAAGGCGUUGCUGUCCGAGUGGUUCUCGAUUGGACUCCUGCAUCUGGAGAGAGUCACGUGGCAGUCCCCGUGUGACAUGCUGCAGAAGAUUGCACAAUACGAGGCGGUGCACCCGGUGCGCCACUGGACGGACAUGCGGCGCCGCGUGGGGCCCUACCGCCGCUGCUUCGUCUUCACGCACGCCGCCAUGCCUCGCGAGCCGCUCGUCGUGCUGCACGUGGCACUCACCGACACCAUCUCCAGCGACAUCCGGUCCAUCGUGCGGGAGUCUCCCACGGCCGCCACCCCGGCCCCCGCGGGCAUCGUCGCGCCCCCCGAGGACGCGGGCAGAGUCCGGGCGGCCGUCUUCUACUCCAUCAGCGCCACCCAGCGCGGCCUGCAGGGCAUCGACCUGGGCCACCACCUCAUCAAGCACGUGGUGCGCCAGCUGCAGGCGGAGUUCCCGUCGACCCUGCGCGACUUCUCCAGCCUCUCUCCGAUCCCGGGAUUCACGCGCUGGCUCGCGGGCGUGCUGGCGUCGCACGACCCGCGACCCCUGACCUCGGCCGCCCCCCUCCCGCGCUCGCCCUCCUCCGACACGGAAGGGGACGCCGCCGCCGCCGCCGCCGCCGCCGCCCUCCCGCCCUUCCUGCUGCCCGACGAGGCGGCCAAACUGGAGGCCCUCACGGGCCUCCCCGCCGUCUCGGCGUUGCGCGCGGCGCUCUCUCGCUCGCACAGCUGCCCCGACGACUCGGACGAAGACGGCGGCGGCGGCGGCGGCGGCGGAACGACGGACGGAGCCGGAGCGGCCGCCCUGGACUGGUGGCGCCGUGCCGAUCUCCGCGAAGCGAUGCGCGCGCCGCUGACGCGUCUCUGCGCGCGCUACCUGGUGGGCGAGCGGCGCCGCGGUCGGGCGCUCGACCCGGUGGCGCACUUCCACCUGCGCAACGGCGCCGAGGCGUGGCGGCUCAACUGGAUGGCGGACGCGUCGCCGCGGGCCCUCCGCGCCUCCGCGGGCCUCAUGGCCAACUACCGCUACUGGCCGGAGCGAACGGUGCACAACGCCGCCGACUACGAGCGGCACGGGCGCGCACCGGCGUCCGCCGACGUGGCGACGCUGGCGGCGGCGGCGGCGGCGGCGGCGGCGGCGGCGGGGCACGACGACGCCAGCAAGCUGUGACGACGGCGGUGGCGGUGAUGACGGCCUCCAGUGAUCGUGGGUUUUGUGGAGUUUUGUCGAAAGGGAAAAAAAUUGUAAUUUAUAUCGAUUUCAAGAUUUCGUCGCGCGAUCGUUUUAGCUGGCGUGCCCAAAUGAUUGUUUUAAUUUUGAAAAAACAAAUCUAAAUCUCGCUUGCGUUGAGAUUUUACGGAGAUGUUCACCACCCCCCCAACCCACGCCCCCUCGUCAUCACUCGAACCGCGGCCCCUUCGAAACGACUCACGGGGACGCUUGGCGUGAGAAUCGCGUGCGACGCCGUGACGGAUUGGCGCGGCGCGGUAAUUUGUUCACCGGUGGUCACCGCACGCGGUGGUGCGGGUGGAAGCGUUCGCGGUUAAACGGGUGCACAAUCGCGAGAAAUAUUUACGAGUUAAGACAUAGUUAAAAGGUUCAUUUUAAGAAUUGCGUGAUAAUUGCAAAGAGUGCACUCGGUCAAUUCUUGAGGAUUCGUUAAGAUGAGAAAAAAAAUAUGUUCGGCGCGAUAACUUUAGCGUCGGCGUACGGCAGGACAUGGUCUAAUAUGCGAACUGUGUGGUAUUAAUAAGCUGUGCGCACCCUAGCCUUUGCUUUAAAAAGUACAGGGCCAUGCGGUCCUACAGCAGUCCAGAGAACACGGUCAUUCUCGAUGGCAGAUAAACACGCCGAAAUCUCCGAAGCUGAGCAGGGGUGGCGUGAACCUGGGGGGCAACGCCGCGCGGGGAAUCGGCGCUUCUCCGCCUUCGCCGCUUCUCCGCCUUCGCCGCAACCCUCCGCGUUGGCCGGCUCGGCGAAAAGCGCGCUCGGGCAACAAUCCCCCCCCCCCGGCCCCCAACCCCGGCGUACCCGCGCCGGCGUGACGGUCUCGGGGGGGGGUGGGGGGGCGGAAUCGAGAGACGUCCGCGCUUCUUGACGCCGCAGAUCCAACCGCCGCACCGCGGACGCUUCGAGCGGGGUGCCACGCUCGCGGCUGCUCCUUUUGUCCGACGAGUCCCCUCGGUGGUGCGACGGGUUUCCGCGACCCCUUUUUUUUUGCCGAGAACGGGGGACGGAGGCUGCGCGAGUGAAAGUAAAAAUGAAAUAAAACAUUUCGCCGAA